AUGUCACAGUCUGGACACACUGGCUGUCCAUCUAAGCAUCCCAAACUUGUCAGGCACACACAGCCAGACACCACACAGCCCUCAAAUCAUGUCAACAGGCAUCGCAUGUUCAGUUUGCAGCCUAGCAGUCAACUUGCACUUCGGACUUCUUACAUUCCUGCCACCCUACCUGAGAAGGAGGAUGAAAAUGCUGUGGACACUGAUGCCGGCCCUACCGUUCCCACUGAAGAUGAUCCUUGGAACAAGAUGGUGCCCUUCAACCCUUCAUCUGAGGUGGACAAUGUCCUUGGAGCACCUGAGAUGCCAAUGGCUGAAAAGAGAUGCAGGAGAACUGCAGGAGACACUCCCAUCUCCUCUUGGCUGCCAGAACAUCAGAUGUACAUGAACAAGUUUCUACGACUUGAAGGAAGAGGCCAGGAUUCAGACACCCCAUGUGCAUGUGGUGUGGAGGAUGCCAUGUUUCGGUGUCAGGAUUGUUUCUCUCUCAAGCUUGCAUGUCGGUCAUGCACCAUUGGGUUGCACCAUAACUCCCCACUCCAUAGAAUCAAGGAAUGGAGGGGCAGAUUUUUCCACCCUGUUUCAUUGAAAUCCAUGGGCCUGCGCAUUCAACUUGGACACCCUCCUGGUAUCACUUGUCGCAGACCAACACCAGCAUUUGGUGACAACUUCGUGAUUAUCAAUGUCCACGGUGUGCAUCCAACAGGACUUGAUUUUUGUGGAUGCGAGCAGGAAGUUUCACACUUCAAACAACUACUCCAUGCAUGCUUAUUCCCUUCCACGGUGACUGACCCAAGAAUGGUGGCAACAUUUGCUGUUUUGGAGUUCUUUCACAUACUCUCCUUCAAGUCUAAAGUGUCUGCAUAUGAGUUUUAUCAUAGCUUGGCAUGGUGGACUGACAAUACAGGAAUCACGCCAAUUCAUGAUCGCUACUCAGUAUUUCUAAGGAUAGUCCAUGAGUGGAGAAACAUCAAAGCACUCAAACAUUCAGGUCGUGGCCACCAUCCUGCCGGAAUAGGUUCCACUCAAGAUGGAGAUCUGGCCAUUCUCUGCCCUGCAUGCCCGCAUCCUGGAAAAAACCUCCCUACUAACUGGGAAACUUCACCUCCGACUAGAUGGAAGUACGCACUCUUUCUUGCUAUAGAUGCCAACUUUCGACUCAAGCACUGGAUGGUAUUGACCGAUCGAAAAGGUCCUGGCCUUAGCCAAGGAUGGGGUCAUUUUGUUGAAGAGAAUGAAUAUAAGCAGUACCUGAGCAACAAUGGUGAAACCCUUCAAGAGAAAAGCAACUGUGUCAGCCAUAAUGCAGUUAACAUGGCUGAUACAAAGUCAUCAAGGGGACUUGCUGCGACUGGAGUGGGCACUGUGGAUUGCACAUGCCACAAUAUGAAGUUAGCUAAUGGCAUUGGUGACUUACAGAAGGGUGAAAAGUCGACUAGGAUAGGCAUGACAAUAGACACUCGAUAA